AUGUCAUCGACCUCUGAGUAUGUCGCGAAGCUUCCUAGGAGGAAGAAGCUUUUGGCGACCGCAGAGACGUAUUGGUUAGAAGAAGCCAGACGGCCACCAGGAUCACUUGACUCCUCGCUGAAGAAGCACACUACUCUUCUCAAUAAACUCAAAACGUGUUUAUUAGUAGGACCACCAGAAACGUUCAUAAAGGAGAUCGAUAGUUUGACAUUGACGAAAUAUCUUGAGGAGAUCGUUGCUGCUGUGGUAGAAGGAUCGACAAAGAAAGGUGAUGCAGAGAUCGCAGUCGAUAUCAUUGUACACCUCCACACUCGCUUAACACCGGACUUCUUUCCUCUACUACUACAACCUCUUAUUGCAAUUCUCACUUCGACAGGGACGAGUGUCAUUCCAGCAAGUAAAGAUGGAGAGAAAGAUAAAGACAAGGAGGACAAGGAAAGGUUAAGCAGGCAAAGACCUGUAUUGAGGAUAAUAGCUGAAUUAGCUAUGGUUGGCGCUUGGCCUGAAGGCGCUAUCAAAGGCGCUUCGGAAGUUGGGAAAGUGUUGAAAGCUCUUAUGACCGGUGACACGCAGUACACAAACCUACCGCUCAUAUCAACUUUCCUUAAAUACUUUGCUAGAGCAUAUCUCGGUCCCAAUCCAUCUUCAGCUAAAAAUGGCCAGGUCAACGGAAAUCAGUCAGAUGAAAGCGUUGAUGAGCUUAUUUUGCCAGAGGUUCAGAAGAAAAUGAGAGAUUUGUUCGAUAGUUAUUUCAAUUCAGCUAGCAAAACUCUGGUCAAAGGCCAAAUCAAAUUGCUCGAACAAGACAAACGGAAUCAUGAGGCAUAUAUCAAGUCAGGAGAAAUCUUUGAAGAUCGUCAACAAGCAUAUGAGAAGAUGAUCAAGGCGGUUGAACGUCUCACCACUGGUGUACAAACACUGGCAGACCUGUUGAGUCUCGCUAUGCCCACCUUGCCUACCGCUGCUACCCUGUCGAAAUCAGGACUGCAGAUUAUCGAAAGUGCGAGUUCCUUUACAGUGAGAGAAGACGGACCUAUAGCAGGUGGAAUAUGGGAUGAUGAGGAAGAAAGGAGAUUCUAUGAAGAUCUAGUGGAUCUGAAAGAAGUGGUACCGUCUGGAUUAUUAGGUAUAAAAGAAAAGCGAGGGGCUAAAGCUGAAGAUAUGAAUGGAAAUGAAGUUGCAGUCGAAGAAGACAUAGAGAAGAAAUUGGCUGAACAGAAAGCUGAAGAGGAGGAUUUGCAACGACAACUCGAACAAAUGGAAUUACAACCUGAUACAACAGAGAACAAAUCCACUUUGGAAGCUCAAGAUAUGUCAAGGACAGGUUCUGCUUCCACUGCUGAUGAACGGAUAGCCCCUGAACAACACGUAGAGGAUGAAGAACCCGCAGCGCAGGAUACAAUCGUAACUGAAGAAGAUGGACUAUCAUCUGGUCCUGCAGCUAGGUUGACAGCUCUUUUCGCUGCUUUACCGGAAGCAAACAACAGAGAGGUGGUAGACAAAUUAGCAGUAGAGUUUGCUUUCCUGAAUUCAAAAGCUGCCAGAAAGCGAUUGAUCAAGUUCAUCGGGGAAGUACCUAAACAAAGAACAGAUUUACUCCCUCAUUACGCUAGAUUCAUAGCUACUUUGGAAAAGUAUAUGCCUGAUAUAGGAGCUGGUGUGUUAGAUAUUCUCGAUGAAGAGUUGAGAUAUUUGCAGCGAAAGAAGCUCGUUAGAGAACUGGAUUCAGUCCGGCUCAAAAAUGUCCGAUUCUACGGUGAAUUAGCAAAAUUCAAGGUAGCCAAACCAUAUACUAUCCUUCAUACCCUCAAGGUUUUCCUCGAUGACUUCAAAUUCAAUAUUGAAAACAUAUCAAAUCUGUUAGAGACUUGUGGACGAUUCCUUCUAAGGUUCCAGGGAACGAAGGAGACCGCCAAAAAGAUGGUCGAAAUAUUGAGGAGGAAACAAGGUACUUCCCAUCUCGAUCAAAGGCAUCAAGUGAUGUUGGAGAAUGCUUUCUACAUGUGUAAUCCUCCUGAAAGAGUUGCUCGAGAAGUUAUCACGUUGUCUCCCACUCAGAGUUUUAUACAACAUCUUUUACACGAUGUCUUGAUGAAAAGGACUCUGGACAAAGUCUUGAAGUUGAUGAGAAAACUUCACUGGGAAGAUGCCGAGACGUACGAGUUCAUCCUUCUCUCAUUCACAUCUCCAAAUGACAUCAAAUUUGGCAAUAUACCUUAUCUCGCCGCGUUGGUGUACGACUUGCAAAGAUAUCAUCCCGAAUUCUCUAUUACAGUAGUGGAUCAGGUGAUGGAAGAUAUCAGAAUAGGCAUGGAAGAAAACAUAUUCAAGUAUAACCAAAGAAGGAUAGCAACGGUCAGAUAUUUGGGAGAAUUGUAUAUGUACAGGGUUGUAGGAGCAGGAGUCAUCUUCGAAACCCUAUGGAGCUUCCUCUCUUUUGGUCAUGCCGAAUCUUUCCCGGUACCAGGCAGAGAAUCUCCUAUAGAUGCAGUAGACGACUUCUUCCGUGUGAGAUUGGCAUGUACAUUACUUGAUACAUGUGGUGCAUGUUUCGAUAAAGGUUCUCAAGCUAGGAAAUUGGACCAAUACCUGGUCAUGCUCCAGCUUUACAUCUCUUGUAAAGCGGAGCUUCCGAUGGACGUCGAAUUCAUGCUUACCGAUACUUUGGAUGCUCUUCGACCGAAAAUGCCGCAUCUGAAAACGUUCCAAGAAGCUGCCGCGAAGGUUGAUGAAUUGCUUGCACUGGGCACAGGCGAAGAUAACGACAGCGGUUCCGAAGAUGGAAGUGAAGAAGGUGAUCGAGCCCUUCCAGAAGAUAUGGUUGAAUCGAAUGAAGCAGAGACGCUACCUAUACCAGGAGAGGGAGUUGAAGGGCAAGAUGACGAUGAAGAAGAUGAGGAUGUGGUUCUUAUUCGAUCUUCAGAACAAGAGAAACAUUCCGAAAUCGAUGAUGAAGCUCAGUCUGAUUUCGACCGUGAAUUCGCCAAACUAUUAGCUGAUACCACUGAUGCGCGAAGAGAUCAAAGGAAAGCUGCCCCGCCAGUAUUUGAUACGGCUGUUCCGUUGAUAAGAAAAAGGCAAGAUGAUCCUCAAGGUCAAGAAGGGAAAAUGCACUUUACUUUAUUAAGUAAGAAGGGGAACAGACAACAGAUCCGUUCACUGGACAUUCCUAUCGAUUCUACGAUAGCAAUGAAUUCAAGAACUUAUCAAGCUCAAUCAAAGGCUGAACAAGAACAAUUGAAACGAUUGGUACUACAAAAUGAAAGAAGACUUGAGCGAGCCGAAGUUGAUGACAUCGGAACAAGAGGAAUCAAAUUACGAUAUCUGCCUUCAUGA